AAAAAUCAAAUCAGAAAAUAUAAAAAAAAUAUAUAUAAAAAGAAAAGAAAAAUGGAAUCAUGGAGGAUUAUUCUAGUGGUGGCGAUAUCAAUAGCUUUAACAGUGGCGACUACGGUGGUGGGAGGUGGAGAAGAAGAUAAGGCAAAAAACGAAGAACAGUGUACGGAAGAGAAGUUGAGUAUGGCCAAGUGUCUUCCUUACAUGAAAGGGCAAGCAAAAUCUCCGACGCCGGUUUGUUGCUCCGGCCUCAAACAGAUUCUAGAUUCGGACAAGAACUGUAUUUGUGUGAUCAUCCAAGACAGGAAUGAUCCUGCUUUGGGUCUCCAGAUCAAUAUCUCUCUCUCUUACACUCUUCCUUCCGCUUGCCAUGUCACUGCUGAUGUCGCUAAAUGCCCUGCUUUCCUUCACUUGGACGAGAAAUCUCCAGAAGCCCAGGUGUUCUAUCAAAUAGAUCAAGCUUUACACAAAAUGGGCCUAGCUUCUGACCCUCCCAGCGGACCUCCGACCGCAGGAUCUGAUAACAACAACAGUGGUCGGACGACCCAUUUCUUUGGUAAACGAUGGCUAGGGCUCAUCAAAGUUGUUGCCCAUUUCUUCGUAAUGUUUUAUAUUUUCAUGCUCGUUUAGAUAAUAACUACGAAAAAUGUGAAAAGGAUGUGACGUUGGAUUUAUGCAAUUGCGGUGACUUUGAUUUUGCGCCGUUAAUGUUUUUGACUGAUGAUGAUGAAUCUAGUUUCACUUCGUCACAACUCUUCUCGACGUUUUUUUUGGUAUGGCGCAAAACAAGACACGAGGUCACGAGCUACAGUCACCCUCUCUAUCUUGGAUGCAAUUUUUAAUUUAUUUGUAGUAUUUUACUUGAGAAAAUAAACUCUAUUUUUAUUA